UCUUUGACUCUCCGAAGAUCAGCCCUAGUGAUCUUGUUGGUCUCAACGCGGCCUCUGGACCCAGCCCUUGCUGUUCUGCUACAGACCAGUAACCCCCCCGCCCCGGUUCCGUUCAGGUGUCAAAAGACACUUGCUCCGGCUGCAGCAAACCCAGCACAGCCAACUCGAGGGUGGGGUAGAGGCGCCUUUCUAACUCGCACUGUGCUGUGUUCCCCCCAAAAGUUAAAGGGCACGAUGGUUUUAAACCUCUGCAAGCCUGCGUGCGGACGUUAGCAUUGUCUCCUAUGUCUUUCCAUCGCCGCCUCCAUACAAAGGGAGAACCCGAAGGUCGGUAGCCUCGCUCAGGAACGAGAGCCGGGAAACCGUAGCGCCCUCCUGACGCCGUCCAGCCUCUUGCCCUUUGCUAAGAUGGCGGCGGCGGAGGCUGUUGCUUCUUCCGGGAGCCCCUGAAGGGUCUGUGAGGGCCGCCGGCAAAAAUGGCGGCGAUGGGGGGGAGCUCCCCCAGCAUCGUGGAGUAUUUUGGAGGCGAGGAUGGCUACCGCUGCGGCUACUGCAAGAACGAUACAGGCAACCUCUCCUACGGCAUGUGGGCUCAUUCUAUGACUGUUGAAGAUUAUCAAGAUCUUAUAGAUAGAGGAUGGCGAAGGAGUGGAAAAUAUGUUUACAAGCCCGUUAUGAAUAGGACAUGUUGUCCUCAAUAUACAAUAAGAUGCAGGAUUUUACAUUUCCACCCUUCUAAAUCACAUAAGAAGGUACUAAAGAAAAUGCUGAGAUUUCUAACAAAAGGGGAGACGUCUAAAAUAAAUAGUGAAGUGGAACCCAUGGAUUCCCACCCAGAGGAUACUGGGUGUGAUUUGUUGUUAAAAAGUGAACCAGACACCAGCCGGUAUGAACUAGAACCUCUCAGUACUUAUACAGAAAAGGUAGAGGGUGAAGAGGAAGGAGAAAGAAUUGAAAAGAGAGACUCUGGACAUACUGAAUCCUGUAAUGAGAAAGAUAAUGCCAAUUUAAGCGAGCUGUUGGAUCUUGCUAAAGUUGGUCAUGCGCCUCCCAAGCCAGGCAAAGGAGCAGACUUGAGCAAACCGCCCUGUCGUAAGGCUAAGGACAUACGGAAGGAGCAAAAAUGGCAGAAACGCCUUCAGAACCAGGCAGGGAACCAGGCACUUCAAGAAGAAACUCAGAUUGCUCCCAAAUCUAAGUCUAAAGCAAACCAGCCCAAAUCAAUUGAAGACUUCAUUUUUGUCACCUUGGCUCUCGAAGCUGUGCACCAGUUAGAGGUUAGGUUAGUACGAGUCUCUUUUGAGGACCCACAAUUCAGAUCAUCUUUCACCCAGUCGGCCACUUUAUUUGCCAAGUAUCAGAUGGCCAUACACAAGGAUACUCCUUCUGAAUGUAACAAGGACCAGUUCACAAGAUUCCUCUGUGAUUCUCCACUUGAGGCAGAAAGUCCACCCAAUGGUCCUGAUUCUGGCUAUGGUUCUUUUCAUCAGCAGUACUGGAUUGAUGGAAAGAUAGUUGCUGUGGGUGUCAUUGACAUCCUUCCAAAGUGUGUCUCUUCUGUGUACCUCUACUAUGAUCCUGAUUAUUCUUCUCUGUCUUUAGGAGUCUACUCUGCAUUAAGGGAAAUUGCUUUUACUAGGCAACUUCAUGAAAAAGCUUCUGACCUAAGCUAUUACUACAUGGGAUUUUAUAUUCAUUCGUGCCCUAAAAUGAGAUAUAAGGGCCAAUAUAGACCUUCUGACUUGUUGUGUCCAGAGACGUAUGUCUGGGUACCCAUUGAACAAUGCCUGCCUUCUCUUGAGCAUUCAAAAUACUGCCGCUUCAAUCAGGAUGCCAAAGCAGUUGAUGAAGGAGGGGUUAAAGAACUGGGUCGAGUUCGGGUUCUUCACAAGAGAACAAUGAUGCCUUACAGUGUGUAUAAGAGAAGGCGAAAGGGGCCCAGUGAUGAAGAGAGUGUCCAGCAAUAUGCCGCUUUGGUGGGACAGGCAUGUUCAGAGCGCAUGUUGCUCUUUAAAAGCUGAAAUGUUUGUUCUGUGGCGAUCUUCUGCACUGCUCAGUUGUACCCCUUAUGGUUUGUGUGGAUAAGCGUAUUUGUAUAAAAUAUCUCUUUAUGCUAAUUAAAAUAUAUACAGUGUCAUAUACAUACCAUUUUUUGACAUAUACCAAGGGUCUGGCAGAAUAUAAAGAUCUGUUGCUAAACCUGUUUUAUUUCCCAAACCUAUUUCCUUUUGUGCAUUCUGAAAAUUAAACCGUGUGAAGUUCAUAAAUAAUUGGAAAAUAGUUUUUCCUGCAUAGCUUUGUAUAUAGAAAGGAGAAUUUUUAUAGAAAACGCACUGAAAAACAUGGAUAAUAUACCACAAACUUUGCUCACAUAUGCUAUAGCUGGGGAAUUAAGUGCAUUUAUUUGCAUGCUGAUGUUGGGCAAAACUCAGUCCCAUUCAGAUCAGUGGGAAAAUCAGGGCAAAUUCUUCUGGGCUGUAGACUUGCCUGAUAUUGCAUAGUAUUAAUAUUCUAUGACAUUGUGACAUAAAUUCAAGUAAUAAAAUGCUGAAGGUUUUUUAGAUCGGCAUUGUAAAUUGUAACGUUUGUUUAAAAUAAUGUCUACAAAAUGAGAUUGGAUUUAAUUUUUGUAAUAUACUCUGGGAAAUAUUUAUAAUUUUGUUAUUAAAUUCAAGGAUAUGUCUGUGAUCACAUUACCAAAGAGAAUAAUUUAAAUAAGGCAACAGGUUUAUAAUUGGGUAUACAAUUUUGUAGGUGAGUGGCCACAUCCUGGCUUCCAUCCCAGGUUUUUCGUAUUUGUAAUGGCUAUUUGCGUUCAUUAUAAAAUUCUAAGAUUCUGUUUCCAGCAACAUGAAGUUUGACAUGAAGGAAUAAUAGUUUUAUUUUAAAAAUAAACAAUUGUAAAAGUAGAAUUGAAUUGUCUUUGCAUAAUCGGCACUGCUAAUAUCACUUGUGUGAAUUUUCUUUCAUUAAAAUUGUAAAAGAUU